GUGAUCUACACGGUGCGGAAACCCAAGGACGUCCUGGUCUCCCUCUACCACUUCGCCCGCAUCUUCCGGCCCUACAAAGACCCGGGCCUGGAGCAGUUCCUGGAGCACUUCCUCAAGGGGGACGUGCCCUUUGGUUCCUGGUUCGACCACGUCCGGGGCUGGAUGGGGCUGCGGGGCCGCGACAACUUCUUCUGCAUCAGCUACGAGGAGCUGCAGCAGGACCUGCGGGGCAGCGUGCAGCGCCUCUGCGCGUUCCUGGGCCGGCCGCUGGGGGGCGCUGCCCUGGACGCGGUCGUGGCCAACGCGUCCUUCGCGGCCAUGAGCCGCAACCGGAUGAGCAACUUCAGCCUCCCCCUCUUCAUCCUGGACCUGAGGAGGGGGCCGUUCCUGCGCAAGGGGAUCUCGGGGGACUGGAAGAACCACCUGACCCCGGAGCAGAGCUCCCGCUUCGACCGUUACCGGGAGCGCAUGGCGGGGCUCGGGGUCACCUUCCCCUGGGACCCCCCCGAGGAGCCCCCCGAGGACGAGGCCCCCCCCAGCUCCUCCCAGGACCCCCCCCGAGCCCUGCCCCCCUCCCCAGCCCCCCCCACCCUGAGCCCCCCCCCCGCACCAUUGGGGGAGGGGGUUUAG